GUCCACCAUGAUACUUCUGAGAUCUCCAGAUGCCCCAGCGGCCUCCCAGCACCGCUCAAAAGGUUGCAAUCCGUAUCACAAAAGUGGCUCAAGCCGUUUCUUGCUCAGCAUUUGGGCGAAUCUAUUGUUGUUACCAUCCACAGGUAGCCCUGCGCGACACUGCAGCGCCCCCACCACUCUUAGGCACCGCAGUGAUGCCGAUUUUUAGGGGCGACAGUCUCCCUCCCGUCAGCGAGCAGCGACCAAGGCCAGCGUUGGCGUGGGCGGAGGCAUCCAGCGUGGCGCCCGCACCAAGGCAGCCCUCGACUCCCAGGAUUGGCCGCGGGCGCCCCUGCGGAGUGGGCCACGGCGGGGCCGUGCCGGGCUCCAGCGGCCUCGGCACCGACCAGAUCCGCAGGCCCCGUGCGCUCCAGCCUCCUCGGAGUUCAGCACCUGUGACUCUCGAAGACCUUCCCUACAUGAGGAGGCUCGACAUGCGGAUCCGCGAGCCUCGCAUGGGCAGCCGCACGUCACGCCAGCUCGUGUCCGGAGCCUUCGCGGCGCCCGAGUUGUUGCCGGGAGUGGAGCUGGCCAGGGGCGGGGCAGUGGGCAACCAGACGAGCGACAUCGAGUCCACCUCCGACCAGGAUCUGCCGAGUCCUGGCCAGAACAUCUCCUGCAGGCCGCCCGUCUUCGACGAGCGUGGGAGGAUCCCGUGCUCCCCAGACCCCAGCCGGUUCGGCCGCGAGCCGGCCGGGCCCACGCGCCCCGGAGAGGGGGCGCCUGGCCAGGCUCGUCCCCGCCACGCCACGAGGUCGUUGUCGGCGAGGGGGGGAAGGCGCCUGGCCUCCAGCAGCUGAGGCUUUUUUUUGACGGGCGCAGACGGGGCUGGACGAAGACACGACACGG